UUUCAAUUAAUUCACACGUAAAAAUGUCUUCUUCUUUAGUUUGUCUCAAAGAUUUUGAAGCUGCCGCUUUCCAGCGAAUUCCUAAAAAUGCCUUGGAUUAUUACAAAAGUGGUGCCGGAGAUGAAUUUUCUUUGCGUUUGAACAAAACUUCGUGGGAUUCCAUCAGAAUUCGUCCUCGCGUCUUACGGGACGUUUCAAAAAGGGAUCUUUCAACCCAUAUUCUUGGCUUGGAUCUUUCUUUCCCAUUGGGGAUCGCGCCAACAGCCAUGCAACGAAUGGCCCAUCCUGACGGUGAAGUUGCCAAUGCUCGAGCUGCCGGAAAAAGUGACAUUUUGUUUACUUUGAGUACAAUUGCGACGAGUUCGAUUGAGGAAUUGGGAGAACAAGCGAAAAACACGAAAAAAUGGUUUCAAUUGUACAUUCACAAUGAUCGGGAAUUGACCACGAAUUUGGUAAAAAGAGCAGAAAAGGCGGGAUUUAAAGCGCUCGUGUUGACAGUUGAUGCUCCGAUUUUUGGAUUGAGACGUGCGGAUAUGCGGAAUAAAUUUACGCUGCCGAAACCGUUGAAGCUGGCGAAUUUUGAGGGGGAUUUGGCAAGUAGCGUCAAAUCAAAAGGUGGUUCUGGAAUUAAUGAAUAUGUGACGAAACAAUUUAAUCCAACGCUGACGUGGAAGGAUGUUGCAUGGCUGAAAUCGGUGACGAAGCUUCCUGUGGUGUUGAAGGGAAUUUUGACGAAAGAAGAUGCAAUUUUGGCAGCAGAUGCGGGAGUUGCUGGAAUAAUUGUUUCUAAUCACGGGGCACGACAAAUUGAUUCAACGACAUCUACGAUCGAAGCCUUACCAGAAAUCGCCUCUGCAGUCGGUGAUCGCGUCGUUGUAAUGUUAGACGGUGGCGUUUCCCAAGGCACCGAUAUUUUCAAAGCACUCGCUCUUGGCGCCAAACUCGUUUUCAUCGGUCGUCCUGCAAUCUGGGGCCUUUCUGUCGCCGGUCAACGUGGCGUCGAGCAAGUCAUCGAAAUCCUGCGAAAAGAACUCGAUGUGACAAUGACCUUGAUGGGAUGCGCUAAGAUCAGCGACAUUACGCGCGACAUGGUGGCACACGAAAGUACUUACUGCAAAUUGUGAAUUAGUGUAUUUAUGGUGUUAUCAUUAUAAAUUUUUAUUGUGUGUUUGUAAACAACGAUGCAAUAAACGACGGUACACGAGCAAAAAUACGUCACUUUUCUGACAAAACUCAAUUGGCGCUAAUCAAAUAUUUUUUUUUGGUUUCGUUUGUAUGACGAGAAUGAGACACCUGCAUUUUAUUUUUGACUCGAUCGAUAGAAAUUUGCUCUCGUGCUCGCGUAAAUGGCUCGAAAUAUUUGAGAAUCAAUGCAAAUUGAAUCAUCAUCGAUUGGCUGCGAUACGAGACAAUAGUGCGAAAUCAAUUGAAAAAGGGAAUGAAUCAUUGUUAAGGGCCGUCAAAUGCCUUUAAAGAAUUUUCUUAAGGGAAUUCAAUUAAUUUCUUGAAAA